GUAUUUAUACAUACAAUAUAGAUUAUAUAUGUAUAUAGUUAAAUAAAAAAAAGUAAACAUAACAAUAUAACAUGAUACUCAAGUGCUCAACGUAGGCGGUUGUUGUGUACUUGUGUAGCAUGUAUACAUUACACACACAAUAUCUAUGUGUAAGGGUUUUCCUAAUUAUUAAGCCAAAAGAAAAGCAUUUUCCAUAUCGAGGUUAAAUAAAAGGAAAAUCAGAUCAAGAAAAGGGAAUCGAAUCUAACAGAUAUCAUUUAAGAUCUUCGACAUUAAUAACCAAAAAUGGAAAAUAACUAAUUUAUCUUCUCUAUAUAUUAAGAAAAUAUGUAAACAAUAAUCACAACUCUUCGUUCAAUUCACAAUCACAUACGCAAAACAUAACGAUGUCUUCAUCUUUGUCGAAAACCACUAAAGUUUCCCAAUUUCGACCAACCCUUUUUCAGAAAGCUUCUUCUUUGAAAGCCGCAAGCUUAGCUAAAAGACAAGUGACUGUCUUCAAGAAAGCUGAGGAGCUUUCAAUUCUCUGCGGGGUCGAAGUCAGCGUCAUCUGCUACGGAUCAGACGGUGCGCUUAGAACAUGGCCCAAGGACAGAGAGAAGGUCAAAGACAUGGCUGUAAGGUACAGCCAGUUAAGCGAGGUGAAGCGACGCAUAAAACAAUGGGAUCUUAACAAGUUUCUCGAGGAGGUCAACAAGGAUCCCAAAAAGAAGAACAAGAAGAAGAAAGUGAAACUUGAAUCCAGUUACAAGUAUCCGGAUUGGGAUCCCAGGUUUGAUAAUUGCUCUGUUGAGCAACUCACGGAGCUGAUUCAAUCCUUGGAAUGCAAGCAAACCAUAAUGCAAGAUAGGCUUCGAGCAGUUCUUGAAUCUCAGAGACAGAGGAAUAUGUAUUACAUGAACAUGGCUGAACCGACGCAGAUGAAUCAUCUUCAACAGCAGCUCCCUAACCAAGAUCAAUCCCUGGCUCCACUUCCAAAUUCACUGACGGUGUACCAGUAUCCAAACAUGGAUACGUACUCGAGUUUUCUUGGGGGACAAGAAACUGGAAGGAAUGAGUUUCUAAGCACGAACAUGAUACCCUACAACAGCUUCAACAGCAACUGUGUUAAUAUGUUUCAAAACUAGUUUAACCAGAACUGUUCCAAGGUCGAAGAUUACUCUGGCUUUCCUCAAGGAACUGGGAUCAACAACAUGAACGUGGAAGAUUAUUCCGGGUCACUUCGGGCGCAAGGACCUAACGGGUUGCAGAACAUGGACUUGCAAGGCUACAACAACAACAGUAUUAACACCAAUGGUUUCUCACAUCAGCUUGUUCAGUUUCCGGCGCAAAGAGCAGCACCGGCCUGUCAAUAUGUGGAUGGGUCAACACAGAAUAUCAGACCUCAGUUCCAGUAUUCUUCCUUUGUUGGUUGAUGAUGCAAUUAUCAGUUUUAAAACAUUGAUUAGUCU